GUUUGUGUCUCUGUAUUCAUGCAGUAAAAUGGCAGAAGUCAGAGUUUCUCAGGAUGAGUUCAUGUGUCCAGUGUGUCUGGAUCUCCUGAAGGAUCCAGUGACCAUCCAGUGUGGACACAGUUACUGUAAGAGCUGUAUUACAGGCUGCUGGGAUCAGGAGGAUCAGAUGAGAGUCUACAGCUGCCCUCAGUGCAGACAGACCUUCAGUCCAAGACCUGCUUUAGCAAGAAACACCAUGCUGGCUGAAGUGGUGGAGAAACUGAAGAAGACCAAACUACCUGCUGACUGUGACGCUGGAGCUGGAGAUGUGCAGUGUGACGUCUGUACUGGAAGAAAAUACAAAGCCGUCAAGUCCUGUCUGGUGUGUCUGAACUCUUACUGUCAGAAUCACCUCGAACAACAUGAGAGUUGGUUUAAAGGAAAGAGACACAAUCUGACUGAAGCCACUGGACGACUGCAGGAGAUGAUCUGCCAGAAACAUGAGAAGAUCCUCGAGGUUUUCUGUCGCACUGAUCAGAAAUGUAUAUGUAUGCUGUGUACGAUUAUUGAACAUAAAAACCACGAUAUUGUACCAGCUGCAGCACAGAGGACAGAGAAACAGAAGCAGCUGAAGGAGACGCAGAAGACGCUCCAGCAGAGAAUCCAGCAGAGAGAGAAAGAUCUCCAGCAGCUGAGAGAGGCUGUGGAGUCUCAGAAGCGCUCUGCACAGACAGCAGUGGAGGACAGUGAGAGGAUCUUUACUGAGCUCAUCCGCUCCAUUGAGAGAAGCCGCUCUGAGCUGAUACGGCUGAUCAGAGAUCAGGAAAAGCAAGCAGUGAGUCGAGCUGAAGGACGACUGGAGCGACUGGAGCAGGAGAUCAAUGAUCUGAGGAGGAGAGACGCUGAGCUGGAGCAGCUUUCACACACACAGGAUCACAUCCAGUUCCUGCAGAGUUUCCAGUCUCUCUCAGCUCCUCCUGAAUCUACAGACGUAAAUGAUGAUCUCUUCAGUUCUCUCGUCUCUUCUGAUGAUCGGAGAGAAUCUGUCCAUCAGCUGAGAGACAAACUGGAGGAUUUCUGCAAAGAGCAGCUCAAGAAGAUCUCAGACAGAGUCACAUUCACCAACAUUGUUCCCAGAACCAGGAACGACUUCCUACAAUAUUCCCAUCAGCUCACUCUGGAUCUGAACACAGUGAAUAAACUCCUCCGUCUGUCUGAGAACAACAGAGUGAUUACUUACACUGAUGCAGAUCAGCCGUAUCCUGAUCAUCCAGACAGAUUUGAUGGAUUGAAUUAUCAGGUGUUGUGUAGAGAGAGUGUGUGUGGACGCUGUUACUGGGAGAUUGAGUGGAGUGGAGAUAAUGGUGUGUCUAUAUCAGUGUCAUAUAAGAGCAUCAGCAGGAAGGGAGACGGUGUUGAGUGUUGGUUUGGAUCUAAUGAUCAGUCCUGGAGUUUGUUCUGCUCUCGCUCCAGAUACUCAUUUGGACACAAUAACAAAUGGACUGAUCUCUCUGUGAAGUCCAUCAGCAGCAGAAUAGGAGUGUUUGUGGAUCACGGUGCAGGAACUCUGUCCUUCUACAGCGUCUCUGACACAAUGAGCCUCAUCCACACAGUCCAGACCACAUUUACUCAGCCGCUCUAUCCUGGGUUUUGGGUUGGUUCUGGAUCAUCAGUGAAACUGUGUUGAUGAAUCAGAAUAGACUGAUGAGAGAUUCUACCCAUAAUGCUUUGAGCUGCAUGAUGAAUCAGUAACAGUGAGAUGUUAUAGAGUCUCUUCUUUUCUCAUUAAGGGCUCGUUCACAUAUCUCGCUCAAGUUCAUUAUUUCAAAUGUUCUGGUUUCUUCAGGCGAUGAACAGAACAGCUGAUCAUUAUAGAUUAUGAUUAUUUUUCUUUCUUGUUUUCUCGUGAUCUCGACAUAAUGAAAGUUGUUUUUCUUACAGUGAUUGUUUGAUGUAUAUAACACAAUGUGUCGUGAGUCUGCUGUUGCUAUAGUAACGAACGCUGCUGUGACAUGCAUCUGAUCGACAGAUAAACCGCGCUCUUAUACUGUAUGUUGUGAUAUUUCACACACUUUUGCUUCGCAGAGUAAGAAACUCUACAAUAAUCAAAUAUAUGCUAAUCGAUCACUGCUGAUUUGUUUCCAGAGACAGGAUGCUAAAUGUGUUGUUUGUGUAAUUAACAUGUUUAAAUGAUCAGAGCAGGGCAGGGGCUCAAACCAAAAAAGGGGGCACUAAGGCGGCGGGUGCUUGUUAAUUUCAGAUAUUAUUGUAGAUGUUUUAAUAGAACAUCACAAUUACACAUAAUAAAGAAUAACUGAUAAUAACAGAAACAUUACAUAUUGAUAUUUACCUGUUCCUUUUACAGCAAAACCUUUUUUUAUUUGGUACUAUGUCCUGAAAUAUCUUGAUAACCUUAUCUUUUAUGAUUCACAAUUAAGAUAAAUUAAUUUAAUAAAUAAUUAAUUAAGAUGAUGCCUCAUCUUCAAUGGAAGUAUAAAUAUUAGACAUGUAAUUUAAUAUUAUACAACAUUCAUCUAUAUUAUAUACUGAUAAACAACUCAUUUAUAUUACCUUUUUAAUGUAUAGGCCUACUAUUGAUAUGGUUUUAAUAAAAUAUUAUAAAUAUGAUGUGUUAUAGAUUACUAGUAUCAACUAAGACAAGUGAUUAUAAUGAGAAAUAUACUUAAUUACAAGAAUUAAAGUGUGACAAACUGCUAAAUAUUCUGAUGAUUUAUCUGCUGACUUGCUGGAGUUUUGAAUCCAUGUUUGUGAUGUUUUACUGCCUUUAGCCCUUCACUCUCUCUCUCUCUCUCUCUCUCUCACUCUCUCUCUGCCUUUUUUCUUUUCUUUUUUUGUGUGUGAAGGCGUUCUGUUUUGUUUUCUUUUUUGUCUACACAGUGUGCAGCAAAUUAGUGUUAUUUUUGUAAGAUCUGAUCAGGUUCAAUAAUUUGAUUAAAUAUUCUAAUUCUAAGAAUGUGAGUGUUUUUUACAAGUUGUUAGCACUUUUACAUCACCAUUACAGAGGUAAAAAAAGCCCUUGUUAAUCACUUUAAGGAGUCAAAUAUCAGCUCCUAAUGGAAAUAUAGUUAUAUUGUGUCCGUCGAUGCCACAUAAACCACGCACACA